UUACUCUUUCGCCCACGACAACAGCACCUCAUUUCAUCUCCAGUUCAAACCAAUUGCAUAUCCAAAAUGAGCGGCCCCAAGGCUGUCGCAGAGAACAUGCUCUGGGGAGGUCGAUUCACUCAGGGUCUCGACCCCCUUAUGGUCCAGUACAACCAGUCCCUUCCCUACGACCGGAUCCUAUGGAGACAAGACAUCGCGGGAUCUAUUGCCUUUGCGCGAGCCAACGCAAAGACAGGCAUUCUCAGCGCACGCGAGUUCUCCGAAAUCGAGCGCGGGUUCAGGCAGAUCGCAGAGGAAUGGAGCACCAACACCUUUGUCAUCCAGGAGAACGACGAGGAUAUUCACACAGCGAACGAGCGCCGCCUGUCGGAGAUCAUUGGCAAGGAGAUUGGAGGCAAGCUGCACACGGGCCGCUCGCGCAAUGAGCAGAUUGCAACCGACAUGCGUUUGUGGUUACGCGACGAGCUCCGCAAGCUGGAGGGCUUCCUGUCCGACCUGGUCAAGGUCUCCAUUGCCCGCGCAGAGAGUGAGAUAGAUUAUCUCAUGCCCGGCUACACCCACCUCCAGAAGGCCCAGCCGGUUCGCUGGGCGCACUGGCUCCUCUCCCACGCGACGGCCUUUACUGAUGAACUCAAGCGCCUCCGUGAGGUCACUAAGCGGGUCAACCGCUCCCCUCUGGGCACUGGGGCUCUUGCGGGAAACCCCUUCCACAUUGACCGUGAAGCGAUGGCCAAGGAGCUGGGCUUCGAUGGCCUGCUCUACAACUCCAUGAAUGCGGUGGGUGACCGUGACUUUGCCAUGGAGACCAUGCAGUGGGGCAGCUCGUUCAUGCUGAAGAUUUCUCGCUGGGCCGAGGAUCUGAUCAUCUACUCCAGCCUGGAGUUUGGUUACGUUCGUUUGUCGGAUGCUUAUUCUACCGGCUCCUCGUUGAUGCCUCAGAAGAAGAACGCAGAUAGCCUGGAGCUUCUGCGGGGAAAGGCUGGCCGCGCCUUUGGCCACAUGGCCGGUCUGAUGUGCACCAUCAAGGGCCUGCCUACCACCUACAACAAGGACCUGCAGGAGAGCGUGGAGCCUCUUCUGGACCAUAUCAAGACCGUGGGCGAUAGCAUCCAGAUUGCCACGGGCGUCCUGUCCACCCUGACCGUCAUCCCCGAGAAGAUGGUUGCCGCUCUGACUCCCGAGAUGCUGGCGACGGAAUUCGCCGAUUAUCUGGUGCGCAAGGGCGUGCCCUUCCGGGAGGGCCACCAUAUCUCUGGCCGGGUGGUGGCCCUGGCCGAGAGCACCGGCGUCCCCAUGGACCAGCUUUCGCUGGCGCAGCUCAAGGGCAUUGACGCCCGGUUCGGCGACGAUGUCCGCACCUGCCUGGACUACGAGCGCGCAGUGGAGCUCAAGGAUGCCAUUGGUGGCUGCAGCAAGCGUGCUGUCCUUGAACAGACCUCGGUCCUUAAGGGUCUUUUGUAAUCGGUUCUUGGGUGAACCUUUUCGACUAUACGAAACACACAAAAAGGGUUAAGGAGGCGAUAUAAAAAAAAAAAAAAAAAAAGGGAGGUUCUACAAUAUUAUUCAAAUCCAUGGGUUAAUAUAAAAUAUAAACAUAGAUCGAGUCUAUUCAUGUUUUGCCUAGAUAUACCUAAGAAACUCCAAGAAGAUCAACCAGUCCAACCAAGUCCCUUAUUAUCAACACAAGUAAUAGAAGAGCGACGGAAAUCUAUCUAUAUACAUGUAUAUAUAAUAAUAUAUAGUACAGUAAGACCUAAC